AUGACUUUGUUCACCACCUCGCCUCGCGGCAUCGACGAGUUUACAUGGACGCGAUCGAAUCCAUUUGAAACUCUGACGACCUUGUCUUCGUCGUCUUCAUCAUCAUCAUCGUCAUCCCGCCGCGCUGCUGCUGCUGCCGCCUGCGGUCCUGCAUUCGACCCCGCUCGCGUGAUGUCAAGUUCAGUGUCCGACAUUCCUACAUCUAGUCGUCUAUCUUUCCCGAAACUCCAGAUUCCGGUAAGAUCACCAUCAGCAAGUACAUCUACGGAUUCUGAAUUGGUUCAUUCGGAUCCUGGCGUCACGGAUGAUCAACCUUCACCAUCCCUCAUUUCGUACAUUUUCGCUCGAAAAGCUUCUAUUGGCGGAUCAUCCUCUUCAAACGGUGGCAACGAGACGCCUAUCACACCUCACCUCGUCAACCCUACGUCCGGGGGUCCAUCAUCAUGCAAUCGACCUAUCCUCAGAAGACCGCAGUGUUCGUCGUCCUUGACUUGCACGACAAGUGAUGAUGGAUCAGGCUACUCAAAGUCUCAAGGCCUUCUGAGUAAUCUCCAUUCGUCCCUUCACGGAGGCUUCAACGGUCUCGGCCUGUCCAUUGACGAAACUAGCUCAACAGGACACGUUCCGACUUGUCGCGUCGAAAAACGACAAUCCUGUCUGACCUUUGCGGUCCGCUCACCGCCCAGCCGACAAGCCACAUCGCUCGUUUCACCCACCUCACAACGCAGUGUCAUGUUGGAUUUGGACCUCAGCACACGCCAGGUCAACGCAAGGGAUGAUGAUGAUGAUGACGAAGAGGAAGAAGAACAACAGGAGGAAGAAGAAGACGGAGAUAGUGAUGAUGGAUAUGAAGAGGACGAAGAAGGUGGUUUCACUUCCGAUGAAGACCUCACCAGCCCAUUCGGUAGAGGCAUGCCUCCCUCGUCUGGAUCUUCCUUCAUCUCUUCUCGACCUUACACCCCUCACACUUUCUCACCCGGCUUCCCCCCCGUCUCUAUCCCUCUAUCCACCUCCACGUCGGAUGAAGGAGUCGAGCGGAUGAUGGACGAUUCUCGUCGUCGCACGAGCCCCACGAGAGGAAGGAAAAUCUCCAUAGCCACGUCCAAAUGUGUCGAAAGGUGUUCAAGACAUCGUUCACCUCCACCUACCUCUCAUGAGAUCCUUGGGACAUCCCCAGAUUGUUGUCCACCCGCAGCGAGAUCCCCUUCCGCUCUCGAACUGUGUAAACGGAGACAAGUGACCAACCCCAAUGACGCUUGGAAAUCCGACUCCCAUGCCACUUCUGGAAUCAUCCGAACUCGAUCCAUGGGACCCAGUCUACCUUGUAAAUCCAUCCUGAGGAUGAGUUCACAAGCCGCCACCAUUUCGGGAGAUUCACCAGGUUCCAACACGCCUGCCUUUAGAAGAGCUUCCAUGUCGGUCGUCGAUGCCCUCGAGUCAGCAGUAUAA